CAUACGCGCGCACUCUCGCUGACUUACGCACUCUUUUUCCUUUGCUUUUAACAGCAUUAUUUUAACAAUAAUGACAGCAGACCCGGCAGCUGUUCUAACAGGCAGUUCACCCGUUAAACGGUGAAACAGCACUCAUAGAUACGUUCUGCCACGCAAAUGAGGAAUGAACUGAAAGGGGGGAGUUGGCACCAACAGACAGACAUCUCUCCUGCCGAGCUGGAUGCUCUAUGGAGGGAACCGCCAUAUACUCUUGGUGGAGCUAAUGAACACUUCUCAGGAAAUGACAUCAUGACUCAAGGUGCAGGUGAAGAGGAGGAUGGUGCAGUAGUGGAAUCAGGUGAAGGUGGGGUGGAGCCUGACAGCUACUGGAAGAAGAAGGAGGCCUUCCUUAGAGGAAGCACUGUGUCACUGGGAGACAAAUUCUCCUCAGAAAUUGUGCUGCUGUUCACUGGGCGAAGGCGCUCCAGCGCAGAUCCUGACCGGGCCCUACAGGAGGCGCUACGCACACGACUCCGAGUGGUAGAGAGCAACAGCCAGGAUGUCAUACAGCUCUUUAAAGACUUGUCUGCACGUCUGGUCUCUGUCCACGCUGAGAAGGACAGCUUUGUUCUCACAUUCAAAACUGUGGAGGAAAUCUGGAAGUUUUCAACUUACCUAGCAUUAGGCUAUGUGGCUCGUUGCCUGGAGAACUUCCUGUGUGAUCCGUCAUUCUGGCUGGACCCAGAGCUGCUCAGUGACUUGCAGAUCAGUGUGACAGUGGAUGAGGAGCAUCUAGCCACCCUGUACCUGGGACUCUUACUCCAGGAAGGAUCCUUCUUUGCUAAGGCACUAUUUGCAAGACUCAAGAACGAUGAGGAUGAGGAGCAGCUGUCAUUCCAAAAGAAUGACCUGCUGGUGGUGAGGGACACGGGGCAGGAUGACAUGUGGGAGGGCACCUUGCUUGCUACAGGAAACCACGGCAUGGUGCCAGUCAAUGCCAUGCAGCCCUUGCCAUACCCGUUCUAUCAGUGGUUCCUGAAGAAGUACCCAGUCCAUGCUGGAUGCUCAAAAACAGAAAAGGAAACCAUUUGA